UUUCUUAAUAAAUAGCAAAUAAGAUUAAAAAUGUACACGCAUUCAAAAAAAAUUGCUACAUUAAAGUUGAACGAAAAAUGAUUUACGGUAAGUUAUAAAAGUUAACAUUAUUUCAACAAUAACAUUGCAUUUUAGCAUGAUCAAUAUAUAACAUGUAAUAAUUUUUAAUAAGUAAGAAGUAAUAUUUACUUAAAAAAAACAACUAUUUAUUAGGUUUUAAUUGCUAAUUCGAAUUGUUAAGAAUUAUAUAAUUUUUUAAUUAUUCAUGAAUACUCUCUCCUUUGAUACGUGCAUCUUUUACAUCCAUUGUAAUACUGCAUCUGCAUGUACAAAAUUAUUAAUUAACUAAUAAGUUAUUCGUGAGUAUUUUUGUUGUAUUAUAAUUAAAAUUGUUUAAUCCAGAUCACAGAUAAUUUUACAGUUUUAAAUUGAAAUAUAUAUUGAUUUAUCGACAAAUAGAUAUAUCAAGAAAAGUAAGGUUAUCUGUCCUUAAAAAUUCUAACCUCUUUCAAGUAACCGGUAACCGAUGACACUAAGUCGGCCGAAUACUCGUGAUGUUCACUUGGAUCGGUUGAUGCGAUGUUGUCUAUGAAUAAUAUUAAAUUGAUUGCUUUCACAAAGUGUUCUGCGUGGAAAAGCUACAUUGAUAAUACAUAUCAUUUGAGAGGCCAUCGCGAUAAGUAUCAGUUAAUUCAGGCUUUCGCCUGGUAUUCGAAAUGCUCUACGAAAGAGGAUGUUCAACGGUUUCUCGAUCCCAGAGUCGAGGCACUGCGAGAGAAAUUGAUAUAUUGCGACUAUUUGGAUUAUCAGAAAGUGAAAGUAAAUUACAUGAAACGUUUCUUGUUGAAAAAGAGAGCUGAGAACGCCGAGAAGAAAACAAGAGUCGAUAAGCUCACAAAUACGCCCACCUACAGUAUACUCUUGGACAUGAGAAAUAAUGAAAACAAUGACUGCCACUUGGAGCAGAAACAUACGAAUACAGAAGAAAAUGUAGCGAAACCUGUACAUAUGCCAUAUGCGAGUACAGAUUUAUACAGUAAUGUUGACGACACAUCUUCCCACGAGGGGAAUAAAAGUAAUGUUGACGCAAAUACGAUAUCGUUAAACGACAAGUACAAAACUUUAUACGAAAAAUAUUUAGCGGAAAAGAAGGCUGCUUCAGGAAAUAUAGAAUUUACUCUGCAGGAUUAUUUAGAGAAAACCGAUACAGAUGCAUCAUACAAAAGAGAAUUUUCAUCGAAUGUUCCAUCAAAUUGGAUGGUUGAUGUCGAACAAUAUGACGAUACUUUGCAAGAUAAUACCUGGCUUAAUAAUUAUGGAACUCCAGACCUAAACUCCAGUAUUAGUUCCAUUCCAUGCGGUGGGUGUGGUGCUUUAUUGCACUGUAAGGAUCAAGCACUACCAGGUUACUUGCCUUCAGAGCUGUUUUUACAGAGGAGUGAACGGGAAUUGCGAGUUAUGAUUUGUCAAAGAUGCCACUUUAUGCAGUAUUACAAGACCACGUUGGAGGUAAAAGUACCUGCGGACGAAUACUCACAACUUUUAAAAGUAAUCAAAACGAAGAAAUGUGCUGUUAUUCUAAUGGUCGAUCUUAUGGAUUUUCCAUGUAGCAUAUGGCCUGAAAUAAAUAGCGUGCUGCAUCCUUUUACACCAGUAUUUGUGGUUGGGAAUAAAAUAGAUUUGCUGCCCCAGGAUUCCAACCAUUUCUUUACUCACAUUAAAGAUUGCCUAUCAAAGGCUGUACAAAUGAGAACAGGCAUCAAAAAGGAGAAUAUUAAACAUGUAGCACUUGUAUCUGCAAAAACUGGCUAUGGCAUAGAAGAACUUAUAAAUAAAUUACACAACAUUUGGAAAUAUAAAGGAGAUGUUUACGUAAUUGGAUGCACAAAUGUUGGUAAAUCCUCUCUAUUCAACGCUCUUCUGCAAUCUGAUUACUGCAAAGUACAAGCUGUGGAUCUUAUACAACGUGCAACUAUUUCUCCUUGGCCAGGCACAACAUUGAAUUUGUUGAAAUUUCCUAUUUUAAAUCCUCUCAGAUGGCGACUUUACUUGAGAAUGUUACGAUUGCAAAAGGAACAACAGUACAAGCAUGCUGAAGAGAAAUUCCGAAUCAGUCAAUUCAAGACAACGCGUAACUUGAAAUACGCCACAUUGCAAAGUCAUAUUGGUAGAACAUUUCUAUCAAAAUUCGAGACUAAAAUAGGAAACGAUCCGUUCGCUGAAGAAAAAUAUAAGAAACACGAUAAUACACAACAAUUUGGUUUUGACGAGAAUAGAGAGGAAUACAAGUACAGCCGCUGGUGUUACGAUACUCCUGGCACCAUUCAAACGGAUCAGGUUUUAGAUUUGUUGACGAUGCAGGAACUUUUGACAGUUUUACCAAAGGAAAUAAUCUCCCCUAGAACUUUCGUUCUACAUGUUAAUCAAACGAUAUUUUUAGGCGGAAUAGGCAGAUUGGAUUACACGAAGGGUGAAAGUUUUAUUAGGUGUACAAUAUUUUCAAGUAGUGAAUUGCCAGUAACAUUAACUCGUACCGAGGAUGCGGAUGAUGUAUAUAACAAGUUACUCGAAACGGAAGUGUUUGUUGUACCUGAAAACAAUCCGAACCGAUUGGAACAUUGGCCGGCUUUAGGAUUUAAAAAGAUAGAAGUUACUGGUAUCGGAAAGAAUGAAUCGAUUGCCGACGUUGUUUUAUCCAGUGCUGGAUGGAUCGCAAUUGCUGCUGAAGAAGCUGAGCGUGUUUUAUUGAGGGCUUGGAGCCCACAAGGUCGCGGUUUAUAUCUGAGAACACCAGCACUUUUGAAGAGAUCUGUUGCUCUACGUGGCGGUCGAAUCUGCGAUGCACCAACAUACAAAAGCGGACGUCAAGCAUAUAAAAAAUAAAUAAUCCUUUUGUACACAUAUAUAUUCAUCUACUUUUAUUUCACAAAAUGUAAUUUGUGACAAAGGAGAGACAAUAUACACUCACACACACUAUGUUUGUAUCAACUACAGUAUCUCCACAAAAGUAUCUGAUAACACUUGAACAAGUUCUAUUAAUACUUGUACAUAACUUACAUGUCAAUUAAUACUUAAUCACAAUUAAAAUUAUUUUUGUUUUUU